ACACACACGCACACACUACACUUUCUCUCUGCGGAAACGUCGUGCGGGGAAAUUUAUUCUGAGAAGAAGUCCCGGGGACGGCAGCGGGGCCGUCACGGACCGGCAAAUUCAUCACAAUGCCGCUGCCGUGAUGACGCUGUCCCCCUGCUGCCUGUGUGUGAUCUUGCUGCUCCUCGGCGCUGCGAGCCGUUGCCGACCCGAGCUCGACUUGAAGCCACCGACCCAGGUUCGUCUCGAAGCCUACGUGGAGGGCAUCAGGCUGCCCGUGCGAUGGAAACCCGUGCCUCUGCAAGAGAAGCCCGCCCACAGUCUGCUCUACCAACUCCGCCUGUGCUUGCCUGCUAACAAGGACGCGAGGUCUCAGUGUGAGGGAUCUUGUGUCUGCCAGCAGAAGAAGAAGGGGAGAAAAGUGUUGGGCAGGCCGGACCAGGAGGUGACCGUGUCCGUGCGUUCCGUGGCCUACGACGACGAGGGCACGUGCCCUUGCCCAUCGCUGGACAGCGCGAGCAACGCCAGCGCGUGGACAAAACCGCUCGCCAAGCCUCCAGUCGGCGAGCCCGGCACGGCGGCCCGUGACGUCUCGUGUGUCUACCGUGACAUGGAGGCGUUGGAGUGCCGCUGGAGUCCCGGGGAGAAAGCUCCCCCGGGCACCAACUACUCCCUCUACUACGCCGUGUACUUGGAUGAGCCCCUCCUCUGGACGAGGUGUGGGGACGACGAGAGGAUGUUGCCGGGCACGAGUUGCGUCAGCAGGAGGAUCGUGGACUUGAACAGAGACGCCAACAGCUUCGCGAUCCUCGUUAACGGCACUCUGCCCAGCGGAGAGCCGGCUCGGCCCAGCCUGCUCGACAUCACUCCUUUGGAAACAAUCUCGCCGAGUGCUCCACAGGGGCUCCGUGCCUCCGUGCUCAACCUGUCCAACAUGGUGUUCGUCUGGGACCCUCCCAACAACACGCGCUUGCUGAGCUUCAUCAAGUACCAUGCGCGCCUCGUCAUCCCCCGCGCGGGAGCAGAGCCCCAGGUGCUGGCUGACACCUUGAUAGAGAAGAGGACCACGCUGGACCUGGUCGUGGACCCAGGGCUUCCCUACCGCGUGUCCGUCCGUGCCAUCCCCAUCUACUUCAAGAACUUGAGCAGUCCUUGGUCGCACUUGGAUUACUCGCCCAAGUCCCCGGACCCAGGACCCCCAGUGUCUGGGCCGCCCAUGGCUCCGCUCGUCAUCGCGUUCGGCGCGGUUCUUGCCGUCAUCACCGCCAUCUCCUUCCUCGUGUGGCGCUGGCCCCGCAUGAAGGUUCAAGUGUGGCCGGAUAUACCAGAUCCUGCUGGACCAUUAGAUGCUUUUCUCAAGAGAAACAUUGAUCCCGUUAAGGCAGCUGGCUGUGCGCCACACGUGGAGGCUCAGGACCCCUACAGCCUGGUGGAGGAGCUGGACUCUCCCCAACUGCUGCGGCCUCUCCCCGCCCUGCUGCAGCCACGAGACCCCCCUCAAUAGACCAAUUAGCGCAAAAUAUAAAUAUUAUUUCGAAGUGUAUAUACGAAACGUAAAGUGAGAUUUCACUUGCUUUCCACGCACAGGUGUGCCGAGGAAUGUAGCAUUGAGUUGUUGGCAGCAAUGACUAUCGCACAAUACCGCCUUGAAAACUAGUAUUGUGGUAAUAUUUCUUAAAUAACUGACAAACGUGCACAGCAUUUGUCAAUCCACCGCUGGAUGAAGGCCUCCCCAUGCUGCGCCGGUCGUGGGGACUUUCCGGCCAUACUUCUCCACGCUGGUUCAGUGCGGUUUGGUGAAUGUAGGCGGGGCAAGGAAACGGUUCAGAUGCCACUUGCCACUGAUGUUAGCCGUGGCCGUGAGCUCUGCGUGUAUUUGAUAUCGUCUAAGUAGUUUGGCGACAGGGUAUGCACCGCACAGCAGAACCUCAUGUGUCUGUGUGCGCGUUCAGCUGUCCUUCCCCCCGUGCGCCUCCGAUUAGCACGGUUGUCUACGUACGGUGCGAAAAAAGUGCAUCGGAGAAAGGCCUUGCAAGGCGAGCAGCGAAACACAACGACAGGCCCUGCACAUCGUCACCGACAGCGGCACGCGCACGGUGCCCAUGGAGGGGUUAGCCCAAGCUAACUGGGUGCAGUGUCCUGUCAAUAUUUAUACGACGCCUGUUUUACCCAGGGACAGCCUCACCGAGUCGAAAGGAUCUUUCUUCUCGGGAGGGUCCUGCCAAGUUUUCCCAGUAGUGACGCGGACGUUGCCUUUUGUUGUCACCCUUAAACGGGCCCUGUGAAGCACUGGGAUGUGUGGUGUGGCCAAUGUGAACCUGGAGGCGAAAUGAACAGGCGGUGAGCAUACAAACUCCACCCGAGUCGGGAAUCGAGCCGAGAAGCAUCUUGCCGUGAGGUGCGACUGUGUUAAUCACUGCGCCACUGUACCACCCCCCACCAGUUUAAAAAAACACAAAAAGUUCCACAGCGAAGACUCAAAAGGGCUCCUGACGUUUUAUAUAUAUUUUACAUUUUUUGCUGACCACGUGUCGGAAAUGUGCCACAAUAGGUGGGCAUCAUGGCAAUCACAGAUUACAAAGCACCUCCCCUGGCUAUCAGGCCAGCCAGGCAUGCUCGGAAUUAAUUUACAUAACAUGCAGCAGGUUAUAGAGCGUAGUAAAAUGAAGCAAUGUACAACAAUGACUUUCCUGUUUUCACUUGAAAAAUAACGUAUCCCCAUGUUUGCGAUCUAUUCCUGUAGUCAGGUUCCUCCACUUUUCCCCUGGAAUGUACGUCACGAGAUACCAAGUACUGCACAAAGCGAACUGAUGCAUGCACGCAGGCGACAAAACGAGACUUAAAAGGCUUAAGCAAUGCGAACGAGAUGUCAAAAAAUAAGACGCGUUAAUACCAUACACUGUAGUGCCUGAAUAGUGGCUCUUUAUAUGCCUGCUCCGUGUAUCCUUGUGAGACGUUUUCUUUAUCAUUACAGCACUUACAUUUUGAAAAUGACAUAUAACUUUAAAUAUGUAUUUAUAAAAUGGGGACAUGGUUUCAGCAACGUGGGUCCAAGCAAGGCAAGCACACGGAUCAUGGUGACGCACAGGGGCUGUUAUUUCAACAGUAAACAUGAUUUCGAUUUAAAGCUUUCGUGACUGCAAGGAUUCAUCUUCUUUGGUUCUUUCGGUAAAGUCACGUAGAAU